AUGGAAGUAUACAGAUUAUUCAAAAUGCUUAUCAAGAUAUUGUGCCAACCAAGUCUAUGAAAAUCAAGAGCUUUAUAUCUAGUUUGAUUAAUGAGCUGCAUUCAUUGACUCCUCUAUUAUUAUCGCCAAAGCCUUUUGCAUUAAUAGGCAAUCUCUCGAAAUACUCAUGUAAAUAUAGUGUAAGUGUACCUGAGAUUAAAAACCUUUGGAGCGAUCAAUCAAAUAUGCUUAGUAUUUCUAGCAGAACUAGUUUGGGCCAUGUUGCUGAUGCAUAUUUCAAUUCUGUGCGAAGGGGAUAG